AUGGCAGGUGAUACAUCUGAGGGAUGCCAAAGUAAUACCGCACCAGAAACACCGAGGCAAGAAAGUCUCGAAAUGUCCACCAAGGAAAUGAACAGCAAGGGCAUCGAUUCCCAGAAAGAGGAGAAGAUCCGAGAUCUUCAAGCCCUGCAUGGCAAGGCAACGCAGGAGCUUGAUGCACUUCUCCGGAAGUGCAUCAAAGAAGUCGAGGGAGGGUGCGAGUUGCCUGAAGCCCACAAGCGCAGUUUCAACCAAAUGGUCAUGCCUUUCAAGGCCGCCACAAGUCGAGUGAUCCGGCCUUCUGAGGCCGAGGAAGAAUCUCUCGUCGGCACGCCCGUCACCGACAGUGACAGUGAUGCUGCAGUUUUCAGCAAGGAUGAACCCAUGGCCAAGGCCAAAGAAGAGAGUCCUUUCCAAGCGACAAUGGGGCAUGCCACCCCUUCUCCCAAACCGAACUCCGGGUUCAAGUCCUUCCCGUGGUUGUCAAAGGGGGGACGAGGCCCGGUGCCUGCCCCGUUUAGCCCGGGAGUUCGUCAGGUUCGUGAACUUGUCACAUCGCCGUCCUAA